GGAUGUUGUAGUCUGUUUGCGGGAAGAAGACUUUGGCGCCUUUCCUUUUCACCGAUCCUCGCAGACGGUUAAGAGGAAGAGCCGCUUCUUCCGGCUUCCCAGGCUGCCCAGCGGCUCCGGUUGCCGGGGAACGCAGGCGCCUCGGGAAGAGAUGGCGGGAGGUUACGGCUUGGGUGUUGGAGCCGGAGUUCAGUUGGUGAAGAAGCGGUCUGGCUCGUCAUGAAACAAAGAAAAGGCCAGGGGCCUGUGGGAGCCCGUGGCCGCAAGAAGAGAGGUUUGAGUGACAUUUCUCCAUCUACAAGCCUACCACCUCUAGUUGAAGGCCAGCUACGCUGCUUUCUGAGACUUACUAUUAAUAAAGUUAUAUGGAAGAUUGCAAAGCCUCCCUCUUGUGUAGUUGUCCGAGUGAGAUGGUGGGGAGAAACUUCAGAUGGAACCCUUUUUUGUCCCAGGGACACAUUGCAGACUGAACCAAAAACCGUGAGAACAACUACACGUUAUGCUGUUCGCUGUGGUCCAAAGCAGUUUACCUCUUAUCUGACUGAUAUGGCUGUACUGGUGCUGGAAGUAAUCACCAAACUUGAUCAUCUUCCAAUUGGUAGAGUUCAGAUCAGUGGACUAGCUCAGCUUUCUCCAACCCAUCACAUCGAUGGAUUUUUUACUAUUGUUUCACCAACAUCCAAGAAACUUGGAGAACUCCAGGUCUCACUUGCCCUGGAGCCUCUGUCAGAAACGUAUGAUAGCCACAAUCCUCUUCCUACCACUGACAUGACAGAAGAUAUUCCUUUAUCCGAGCAGGAAUUCAGAGAAUAUACUGAACCCAACAAUACUCAGUUUCUGGUUCCAUCAAGACCUCAUAGGAUACCAACCACCAGAAUCGAUGGAAAAGAAUUAACAGCUAACAGUAGUAGAUCAACCACUCCAAGGGGAAAGGACCACUUGUACUUUGCAGAGAACUCUGAUACAAUAAAGGAUUCUUUCUUUGGGCUACAACACCAUCUUAAUUCAGAACAGAGUGUAGAGUCUAUGACUCUGAAAGGCAGAGCCCCACGGAAGCAGAUGUCCCUUCUUAACAGUUCUGAAUUCCAGCCUCAAAUUAGGACAGUGGCCAAGAGUCAUAGUGACUCAUGCAUUCUUUCUUCAAACAACCCCCCUACCAAGGACCUUCUUUCAGUUCUGUUAGAACAAGGCAAUAAACUGCGUAAUGCCAUGGUGAUUUCUGCAAUGAAAUCGAGCCCAGAUACUAGCAUGUUGUUGGAUGAAGUUCAUCCUCCCAUGAAGGAAGAUUUCCUCAGAGCCUCAACACACCACUCAGAAAGUACUUUUCCAGACCAUAGAAUCAGAGCCUUGUCUAGGAACCAAUUUAAAGAUCACAUAGAAGAUCACCUCCUCCCUCCGACUAAGAAUACAUUUUGGAAACAUGACACAAAAGCUGAUACCAGAGCCAUACAGCUACUAUUGGGCAGUGCUGAACUAUCCCAAGGUCAUUAUUGGAAUGGGCUAGGCUCUCCUCCAGAUUCCCCAUCUCCUGGGAGUGAUGUGUAUUGUAGCAGUGAGUUGAAUGACCCUCAGUAUGACCAGAGUCUCUUGGAGAGCUUAUUCUACACGGCACCUAAAUCGGAUUCUAGCAUCAGUGAUUCCUCCAGUGAAGAUGAUAUUGUCUCUUCUAAAAAAAUGAAGCAGUCAAAGGCUCUUGCUAUAUCUCCCAAGGAUCUGGAGUCAAAUGAUCUUAAGUCAAAGAAGAGGGCAGUGGGGAAGAAAAAUAGAAAUUUGGUUGAACAACAGAGGUCAGAAACUCCAGAAGGUGCCCAAAUGAUGACACUAAGUGUGGACAGACUGACCCUUUUGGGUAGAACACAUUCCGUCAGAAUUAUCAUCGAAACAAUGAGAGUCCCUCCAGAUAGUCCUCAGAUGACCUCUGGUAAAAAAAGCUUUUCUGGGAGACCACCAAAGCUGACAGCAACAACAAAGCACACCUUCUUUGUGGAAUAUCACUUUCCUGUGGGCUUUUCUAAAGGUGGAUUGGGAAAAACAGCUUUGAUUACUGAGGUCGUUCGACUUGCCUCCAGUAAAAUUACAGACGGAAUGGUGAAAUUCCAGCAGCGAUCUGUGUUUCCAGUACAGUUUGGUGGCCCAAUGAUAGAACACUGGUGGAAUUCCAACCUCACUUUCCAAAUUUACACUAAGAAAAACCCACAGAAAAAGCCAGAAGUCAUUGGAUCUGCAUCACUGCCUUUACGAAGUGUCAUUCAAUCUGAGUUGCUUUCUUUCAGUAACCAGCUGCCAGUGCAACAGGAAAAUGACCAGACUCCAUUUGGCCCCCUUAAGGUAACUGUGGAGCUUGUUAUAGAUAACAAUGAUUUCACUGGUGUGAAUACUAAAUUAAGUAACAGCAUCCAACAUGGCCCACAUUGUACUGUUACAAGUCCAGAUAAGACAUUAUCAGAACCUGGUCAACGUGUUACCUGUACUAAAAAUCCAGAGAACCCAAAUCAAAUUAAUGAAGAAGUUGCAAAGAAAGUGCAGAAUUUGGUACUCUCCAACCCAAAGUCACCAAGCCCUGUUGUGCCAAAUCCUUCAACCUUCACGUCUGUGCCGGCCUCUCACAAUUUAGCAAACCAGCCAGAUGGGUCAACAAAAGAGAGUGCUUUGCUGUUGCAUGUGUUGUUGAUGGUACCAGAUGGGAAAGAUUUCAUUACUGGAGAAUCUGACAAACCUCUGCCAUGCAAUGUUUAUUUAAAUUGCAAACUUUUCAGCACAGAGGAAGUCACCAGAUCUGUCAUCGCAUGGGGCACAACGCAACCAGUCUUUAACUUUUCUCAGGUGAUUCCUGUCUCUCUGUCUUCCAAAUACCUGGAAAGGCUGAAGAACAAUGUGAUGGUAAUUGAAACUUGGAACAAGGUGCGGAGCCCAGGACAGGACAAGUUGCUCGGGCUGGUGAAACUCCCCCUCCAUCAGUUUUACAUGUCAUUCAGAGAUCCCAAAAUUACUCGCCUGCUGCUUGAUGCUCAGUACCCAGUGGUUGCUGUUGACGGCUACAUGCCUGUGAUUGAUGUGUUCUCAGGCCACCAAAAUGGGAGUCUUCGUGUCUUUUUAGCCAUGGGUUCUUCAGAUCAGAUAAUGGCACUGCAAAGAUUAAAGAAUGAAGAAGGAACGCUUCCGCCCUUCAGCCCUAGGCCAGCCCAUUUUCUGGACCAGCCAUCUAUAGCAUCUGUUACUAUGGCAGAGGACCAAAGAAAUGGAUUGAUGGAACAUCACUUUGAGCUCCAUGUAGAGAGCAUUAAAGGCCUAGCCCCUCUUCAGGCAACAGUCUGGGGAGAAGCAGAUUGUUAUGUUCAGUACUACUUUCCAGUUCAAGACUCUCAAUCCAGCGUGCUAAAAGGACCAGAGUUCCUUGAAAACGGAAUCUCUUUGAAGCCUUUCAGAUCUGGAACCACACUCUGUGUUCCAGAUCCCGUCUUUAAUAGUGAGCACCAUCACUCUCUCCUGUUGCCAGCUGAAGUUCCAGUGCAAAGGCUUCUGCUGAGUGCCUUCUCUGCACAAGGGCCCAUGCCCGGAGGUGGAGUCCAGUUUGAAAUCUGGUGCAGAUACUAUUAUCCUAACGUGAGAGACCAGAUGGUCGCCAAAGGAACCUUGCCAUUAUCAAGGAUCUGUGCCAUGGUAACCAUGCAGCACCAUGAGGAUGUGGGAAUACAGACCUUUAAUCUCCCUUUAACUCCCAGGCUUGAGAGCAGGAAGGAACUGAGGAACCAGUCAUCAGGUUUACUGGAUGUAGGCCUAAGGUACAGGCGUACUCCUAGAACAGCAGAGGGAGUUGUUGCUGCCCGAGCUGUCUCUAUUUCAGUAGAGAUUAUCAGAGCCUGUGGUCUGCAAGCAGCAGCCAAGGCUCUGGCUGAGCUGGAACCUGCUCUACAGUUCAGUGCCACAGUCGGGGUCAAUGCUUUUGUCACCACUCAUCUCUCCUUCCUGCCCAAGGAAGAACAGCGCCGAACCCGCCCUGUAGCCUGUUCCUUCUGCCCUGAAUUCUCCCAUCAUGUUGAAUUUUCAUGUAAUUGGGUGACUCAGCACUGUAGUGGAGAGGCCUGUUUCCUGGCAGAGCUGUUGGAGUUUUCAGAGGUCACCUUUGCUAUUUAUCACGAAGAUACCAAGUCAGCCAGUGAUAUAACCAGUAUUCAGUCAAUCAGAGAGUAUCUACUUGGAGUAGUAAAGGUUCCCACAAAAGAGCUGCUGGUCAAGAGAUCUGGGAUCACAGGAUGGUAUCCUAUCAUUUUACCAGAAGAUGGGGCCCUGCCUCAUGGUUUGGAGCUCAUGCAGAAGAUUGUGGGUGGCCUGGAACUUUCAGUUUCCUUCACACAUCCUGGAGAUAGAGAGCGGGUGUUGGAAGCUGCUGAGCUACUAGGCUGGAGCUUUGAGAAUAACUUGAAGAAUCUUGUCAGGAUGGAUGAAGAGGAGCCAGCCACUGUCACCAUAUCUACCCCAAGGCUCUGGCUGCCCGUCCAUUGUGUGCUUCUUGCUGGCCAAAAGCACAUUCAGAAGAACAUAUACUGCUACCUCCGCUACAAAUUUUAUGAUCAUGAAGCCUUCUGGACCCCUCUCAAGAAGCCUAAAGAAUCUACAAACAAAAAGCAAGUCAUGGUCACUUUCAAGGCAUCCAAAAGAGCAGAAGUCAAUAGGGGCCCAUCAGUGCUUUGGUAUUUCAGGGAAGAAAGGUUAGAGAUCCAAGUGUGGCGGGCUUAUGGCAAUGACAGUGUGGAGAGGCCCCACCAGACGGACAGUUGGAUUGGCUCAGCCUAUGUGGACCUGGCCAGACUUGGGGAGAGGUCAGCAAGGACUUUAACUGUCAGUGGUGUGUAUCCUCUAUUUGGACGAAAUGCUUCCAGCCUCUCAGGAGCUGCCUUGCGAGUUCAUGUGGUUCUUUCCUCUCCUUCCCCACACUCUGGGUCCACUCAUGAACUGGAUUCUGUGGACUGCAGCAGCCACAGUGAGUCUGAGCAGUUCCCCAGAAGGAAUGAAGAGAGCCAGCUCUCUCCAUCACCUGGCCACCAGAAGUCUUCUGCCUCCACCCAGGCCCCCUCCAACCCCACCACAGGGGAAGUCUGCCCAGCCCAGGAGGGUCCUGCUGAAUUGGAUGGAACUUUUGCAGUCUGUAUCCUGGUAGAAAGAGCAAUGCAUCUGAGUUUGAAAGGGAUCCCCUUGACAGAGCGGAAAGUACUGAUACCCAGUUGCUGUGUAUCGUUUGCAACAGCUGAUGAGCCAUCUCCUAUCUUCACCCAUGUGGUUGAAAACACAGACUCCCCCAUCUGGAAUUUUCAACAGCAGUCAAGGCUAUCAAAAGAGCUUCUUUUGGAUCCACAGCAAACUCUGGUCUUCAAAGUUUGGCAUAAAGGAGAUGAGGAGAGGGUGAUUGGCUUUGCCUCAGUGGACCUCUCCCCACUUCUUUCUGGCUUCCAGUUUGUCUGUGGCUGGUACAACAUCACAGACUUCAGUGGAGAGUGCCAGGGGCAGAUAAAAGUUGCUGUCUCCCCUCUGGAAAGUUUGAUGCACUUUAAAGAAGAAAGACAAUCAAGACGUAGGAUGGAAACCCCAGGAUCACGGAUCCCAAUAUACAGCCCAUUUUCCUUCCCUGCUUCUGCUACCUGUGCCUCACUCCCCAGCUGUGCUGCAAAAUGGACCCCAGCACAACCUGCUCACACCUCAUCAGGGGAACUGGAUUUCUCUUCUCCUGGGAGAAGCAGUACUGCAAGAAGUCCGGCAUCACGUCAUGAAGAGCAUGUGCAGAAUAUCCGCCGAUUUCAUGAAUCGCUCCAGCAGGGAGAGGCAGUUUGGUCGCGCGACGACAAACUGACCACAUCGCCUUUGUCGUCCCACACUUCCAUUCUGACUUCUCUCAGGAGGAAUCUAAGUGAGCUAGAUCAGAUCCAACGGUACUUCAGUCAGAAGCUCACCAAGCCUUUACUUCCCCUCAGUCCUCAGACUCCUACCAUCAUGCAGCCCCAGGAGACUCAUAGGGACCAUCUUGGGCCCAGAGCUAGCAGCCUAGACCCUGAGAGCCAGUGCCUUCUGGAGAAAUCCAAUAACCUGGUGUUGCAAGUCAGUUCUUUAAUCACAGAUCUGCAGACUAUCACCAGGAAUUCUCAAGCAUCUUUGGGUUCUCAUCGAGCCAGGAGUAGAAGCAGAGAGGCCACCACCCUACCAGAUGCUCAGGACACAGGGGCCAUGCAGGAACGACGAACAACUCCAGAUAUGUCAUUGGCAAGAGCUCUGGAUGAGGGCAGAAACUCUGUAACUCUCCAUACUCUUGAAGAGACUUCAAUGGGAAGAGGAAUGCUCCAUGAGUCCCUGGGGCACACUGUACCCAUUACAAGGAUGCAGAGCAGUGAGGAAACUGAGGCAGACCCAGCCCACAGCGAUGAGGACUAUGAAGAAGACAUCAUUGAGCCCAGGACCCUCAAUGACAUCACCACCGUCACAGACAAAACUAGCCCUUGGUCCAGUUUCAUGUCAGACACAAGUGAGAUCAUCAGCCUUCGGGCUGAUGAGGUACAUAAGGAAGGCCCCUCUUGUCCUUCAAAGCCUUUCCCCAAAGAGGAGCUCAAGUGCAAAAGUAGCUCUCUGUCCAGCCCAGUAAGGGCUGUCAACCCGCACCUGCUUAGGCAGGGUUCUCCUAGGCGAAGUCUUGUUGCUUAUGAGGGUGAAGCCCCACAGGCAAGGGAUGGAGAGCCUGCCUUAGCAGACCCUCAGCUCAUCUCACAAGUGACACUCUCAGGAGCCCAACAGAGCAAAACCUCUGUGGGAUUGAGCUCACCAAGAGCAGAUCAUGACCAGGACCCCAAGCCAGAAGCCCAGACUGAGAAUGAAGCUGCCUCCACUGAGCUAAGUGACUCUGCUGAUAGCUUCGAGAAAUUCCCUCUCAGCCUAGCCUCCCAUAACAGAAAGGAAAGCCAUCAGGGCCUACCCAUCAACGGCUCUGACAUCAGUCAGAAGCAGGCGACAUCUGGAUCAGAGAUGUCCACAAGGCAGAGUCUCCUCCCAGAGCCCAUUGUGGUGCCCAACUUCUUUUUGCCUCCUCAGCAGCUGGAGGCGUCCCUGCGGAUGCUGUCACUCUCUACAGCUUUGCCACCACCAGCCACAACAGAUCAGGACAAGAGUGAGACCUCCAGCAGAGCCUUGUCCCGAAGGCCUUGUCGUCCCAGACCUAACUCGCUGCCUCCCAACCUGCCUGAGGAAGAAACUCGCAGGAUCGCACGGAUAUUUUCUUCCCAAUACUCCCAGAAAGACUAAUGCAGCCUGAGCGACUGAGAGAAGGACCCACCUGUCCUCCCUCCCCCGGCCUUGUGGGGCUUGCAUGAGGCCAAAGUCUGCUUCCUUCCGGGCUGUGAGACCCCCGAAACCAUCACCAGCCUAGCCCGUGGGUGCCUUGAGACCGAUCCAGCACCAACUGGAGGAUCCCAAACCAGCCCAGUGGCCACCUGCCAGGAUUUCCACUUUUUCCUUCUAUGGUGAGGCAAAGGCUAGAAACAAAACAGACUCCAGUGCCCGAGUGGAACCAUCCAUCUUUUGACCAAGGGACUCAAGCAAGCAGGCAUCUUUUGGCUAAGAAACUCUUUCCAAUGUCCUUGAUAGCAUACUGCUGACCUGAGCCCACCUUCUGCCUGAAUAUCAUGGGCCACUUUUGCCUUAAAGUUCGGGCGAGGUAGAGGAGGGAGUGAAGAUUGUGUGCAUCAUGCUUGGCCAAGGAAAUCCUGGGGCCACCUCCAUUUGAUUUGCUUAGGAAAAAGCAUAUUUUAUAGCUAUAAAUAGUUUUAUGUUGUGUUGAAUUAAUCAAUAGAAAAAAGGAGAGGAAAAUCACCUCCUUCAUACUUUUUAUCUGAUUAUCUUAAAUUCUAACCAUGCUUUUAAUUUAUUGUUUUUACCCAGCUCUGAAGGUCAUUGUUCCUACCUGUGUUUGAAUAAAAUCAUAUUGGUAUUUGUAUUCUCUA